GAACCUGAGGACAAGAAAAUCGCCCUGGAGCUGCUGGAGACAGAGCAGGCUUAUGUCAGCCGCCUCCACCUCCUCGACCAGAUAUUCUAUACGGAGCUGAUGAAAGAAGCCAGACAUGGGAAGACAGUCCCAGAGGAGGUGGUGAAAAUGAUCUUCUCCAACAUCUCUUCCAUCUACCAGUUCCAUGCCAAGUUCUUCCUGCCGGAGCUGCAGGGGCGCAUGCAGGACUGGGGCCGCCACCCACGCAUCGGGGACAUCAUCCAGAAGCUGGCACCCUUCCUGAAGAUGUAUGGGGAGUACCUCAGGAACUUCAACAGGGCCCUGGAGCUCCUCACGCUCUGGUCCGAGAAGUCGCCGCCUUUCCAGGAGCUCAUUGCUGACAUCCAGAAGAGGAAGGUCUGUGCUAACCUGACGCUGCAGCACCACAUGCUGGAGCCCGUGCAGAGGAUCCCCCGCUACGAGCUCCUCCUGAAGGAUUACGUCCAGAAGCUGCCCCCCAGCUCCCCAGACAGGGGGGAUGCAGAGA